AUGGCGACGCUGGCAGUAGCCGUCGAUCAACCGUUGGUUCAAGGUCGCACUCGGGGACCAGUUCCGGUGGUGGUGUCAAUUCCACGGCGGACGAGCUCGACAGGGGCCGUCAAGAGGCAGACAGAAGUACGAGAUCCACCAAUCGAGACGGAUCGCCUGGUCGCCGCUGGCAGCAUCUUCCGGCUUGAGCGACUGGGCGACCAGACAGCCUCAUCGACAGCGUCGGAACAAGACGUGGCUGUCGCGGCAGCAAUCGCCGAGGCCGAGGCUGAGAGCGGCGAGUCGCUGCUGGAGUGGGACAUUGAGGUGAUCAAGGCAAGUGUGGAGGGCAGCUGGCGAAAGCAAAACUGUCGUCAGAGGAGCGCAAUGGCUAAUCAACGGGCAACGGCUGCUGGCCCGACAUCUUCGCCGUCGACGAAGCCAACAGCGACGACGAUGACGGCAAGGAUGUCGGCCACGGCUUGCCUCUUGCAGUGUCUGACCAGCGUUCCGCCUGAGGUAGCAGCCAGAGUGGGGAUCGUGACAGUCGGCGUGGUGGCACAGCCGUCGAACGUGCGGAUCGAGCAGGCAGCAACACGGACGAGCUUCGCGCUGUCGGGCAAUUCGAACGAUGCGUACGACGACGAUGAUGAGAUCCAAUCACAGCACGGCGAGAUGCUGGAGGGCUGGACUGGAAGCGAGUACUAUUUCGAGGGAGGUGGCAGCAGGAGAUGA